AUGGGAUCUCGCGGUGGUGCUCAUUCCGUCUAUGUUGGAAACCUCCCUUACCAAACCAGCGAACAAGCCAUUGGUGAUCAUUUCAGUCAAGCUGGUCAAGUUACCAAUGUGAAAAUCGUCUAUGACCGGGAGACUGGACGUAUGAAGGGCUUCGGUUUCUGCGAAUUCUCUGAUGCUGCUGGAGCCAACAAUGCCGUCAACACCCUCAACGGAGCAGAUUUCGGUGGCCGGCAGCUUCGAGUGAACUACGCCAACAAUAACUGA